AUGGCGCUGAGCCCAGCAUCCACAACCAGGUUCCCUGUGCUGGCUGUGACAGGCAGUGCCAUGCCUGAGCCACCUGGUGGCCCCAACGCAUCUGUCAACAGCUCCUGGACCGGUCUGAUGGAGCCCAGUUCCCUGCAGGACCUGGCAGCCAUGGGGGCCCUGGAGGCGGUGCUCUCAGCCAUGGGUCUGGUGGGCUUGGUGGGCAACGUGUACACGCUGGUGGUCACAUGCCGCUUCCUGCGCACCUCGGCCUCCAUGUAUGCCUACGUGGUGAACCUGGCGCUGGCGGACCUCCUGUACCUGCUCAGCAUCCCCUUCAUCGUGGCCACCUACAUCACCGAGCACUGGCACUUUGGUGACCUGGGCUGCCGUGUCCUCUUCAGCCUGGAUCUCCUGACCAUGCACGCCAGCAUCUUCACCCUGACCGCUAUGAGCAGCGAGCGCCACGCUGCAGUGCUGAAGCCCCUGGACACUGUGCAGCGCUCCAAGGGCUAUCGCAAGCUGCUGGUGCUGGGCACCUGGCUGUUGGCGCUGCUGCUGACCCUGCCCAUGAUGCUGGCCAUCCGGCUGGUCCACCGAGGCCCCAAGAGCCUCUGCCUGCCGGCCUGGGGCCCACGUGCCCACCGCGCUUACCUGACUCUGCUCUUCGGGACCAGCAUCGUGGGGCCCGGCCUGGUCAUCGGGCUGCUCUAUGCCCGCCUGGCCCGGGCCUACUGGACGUCACAGCGCACCUCCUUCAAGCAGACGCGGCGGCUGCCCAACCCCAGGGUGCUCUGCCUCAUCCUCAGCGUCGUCCUGCUCUUCUGGGCCUGCUUCCUGCCCUUCUGGCUGUGGCAGCUGCUGGCCCAGUACCAGGCGGCCCUGUCCCUGGAGCCCCGGACGGCACGCCUCGUCAACUACCUGACCACCUGCCUCACCUACAGCAACAGCUGCCUCAACCCCUUCCUCUACACGCUGCUCACCAGGAACUACCGCGAACGCACGCGGGGCCGCCCGCGCUCCAGGGGCAGCGGUGGCCGUGGGCCUGUGGGCACCAGUGGCCUCCUGCCCAGUCAUGUCCACUUCCAGCGGGACUCAGGCCGCUCGCUGUCCUCCAGCAGCCAACAGGCCACUGAGAUUGUACUGUCCCCAGCAGCCCCUGGUGGGGCCUGUGUCUGA